GCUGGCCACCUACAGUACAAUACCCACGGUAUCCAAGACGAUUUCUGUCCAGUACAUGGAUCCUUGGCGAGUGUCAGGACGGGCACACGAUGCGGUCAGUAGCCAGGCGGCCACGCCCGGGCUGGCUGCAUAUUGCCUUUGCGGAUCUACCAAUGCGGUAUGCGCAUAAAUUGCCUGGUCGCCUUGUACGGGAGCACAAGGUUGUAGGCGUCGGCGCCAUACUUGUUCUGCGCAAAACGGCAGAUAGAGGUUGGGGGCUGCGCCUCGCCAUUGGCAAGUGGCCAAGCACCCACAUGUUUGACAUGUCGUUGGUUGGUGUGCUCACGGCGCGUGUGUGUGGUUGUGCUGGUGCUGGUGCUGGUGCUGGUGCUGGUGCGCCUUGGUGCGUGUGUGAGAAGGUCUACAGGCAGAUACUGCGACUGUACUAUUUCUGCUCGGCCAGCGUUCCGGCCGGUUCUUACUUGUAAAGCCUUCUUUCCGCGCUCGCGGUCCCUCACGCGCUCACCUGGAUCUGGACUGGAUAUACCUCCACUUGAUUCGAUUCAUCACCAUGGAAUCGAAUCCCAGGAUGGCCCGAGUUACCGAAGCCGGUGGCACGACCGUGACGGUCCAUACCCUGGCCGAAGCCAUGAGUGCGCCUUCAGGCCCGCCUAAUGUCGUCGUGCUUGAGAGAGACUACCAAGAAGAUAAUGAGAAGAAGGUCCCCAGUGCAUCCGAGGAUCUCUGGAUCAGCUCCGUUGAUGGGCGGUAUUCGUCCCCGCCUGUGCCAAUUCGGGUCGGGCCCUUGAAUAAUAUCCAGACAUUCUACGCUGAGUGGUUUCGAAAGGCUCUUUGCGGCGAAUUCAGGGAAGCUGAGGAACAAGUCAUUGACCUGCCGGAAGAGGACCCCGCGAUCUUUCACUUCCUUGUCGCUUUCCUAUACGAGGGUCGCUUCGAACCUAUCCGGCCAGCAGCGAGUGCCUUGGAACCAAGGAUCGACAAGGGAAAAGGUGUCGAAGUAGCUCCAGAAGCAGCAGAGGCCUCAGACUCAGUCCAGGGCCGGGGUGGAGAUAUCGUCGCCGACGGCGUGUGCAACUUAGACAAGCCGCCGCGGACCGGAGCCAGGAGAAGCAACCCGGUGUUCAUCGACCUGGGUGCGGUUGCCCUCGAUGCCUCGCUAGACGGGAUUUCGCCAUGUGCUGGCACUGCGGUGCUCGUCGUUUUCCUGGUGACAAUGGAGGGCAUAGAGUCCAAGCUCCUGGGCGACAUCCGCCCCCAGCGCCCUACCGACCAGUUCAUGCCGGCCCGCCGCCUUUACAAGACCAUCCCGUGCGUAUACAGGGCGAGGACUUGCGGACAUGGCUUCUGGCUUACGAGCUCAACCUUGACGUCUACAUAUGCGCCAACCGCUUCCUCAUGGACGACUUUCGCAAGGCCGUGAUGCGCUCAUGUGUCGAUAUGCUAGAGACGGCAGGGGCAGAUGCUGCACAGACGGAAGUUCUACAAUUGACAAAAAAGCUAUACAACGGCGUACCCGAGAUCGAUCCCUUGCUCAAGAUGGUGUUGGCACGAGUGGGUUUCCUCCAGCCCCUGCUGUGGAAACGAGCGCCAGAGGAAACAAGCGAGUUUUUGGUGAGCAACCCAGAGCUAGCUGCUGCGGUACUGAGGGAAACAGUCAUGAGGCACGAUGCCAUCUCAGGGAUAGCGGUCUUUCCCUCGAUGGAACACACAGGGGAAAUGGGGAAUACAGCAUAUGAGAAUGAAAGGCAGAAUUUGGAGAGGGUGAUGCCCUACUAUUAGCAUGACUGGUUGGGGAUAAAUAGCAACAGGAUUUAAGAGAAGGACUUGGCUUCUUUACGACAUAGGUGUUCGGCUCAGGUAUCAAGGGGGAAAGACUGUGCCCGGCAGUCAGCGGCGCCGCUGUUUUGUCCAGACCCGUGGGAUUUUGUAUCUAUUAGGUCGCUACAUAGAUGCAUAUUGCGAUGACUCCCCUCCCUUUCU